AUGGGCCUGUGCAGUUUUGGAGAAGUGUACCUCGUCCACAAGAGCGGCGGGGUGGACGAUGGUACACUCUAUGCCAUGAAGUAUCGCACUGAACGUGGUCUGCUUCAGAAGGGUCUGGAGGCUCCAUUCCUCGUCGGGGUCUAUUAUGAAUUCCAGACACAAAGGAAGUUGUGCCUCGUUCAAGAAUAUUAUGCAGGUGGCGACCUGUUGGAUGUGUUGCGGGAGUGGGGAGGCGUCUUUUCUGUCGAUGAGACGAGAUUAUACCUCGCAGAAAUAAUUGAAGCUGUGGAGUAUCUGCAUAAGCUGAGAGUCAUACACCGUGACCUCAAACUACAAAAUAUAUUCGUAGACGCUGAGGGCCACAUCGCCGUAGCAGAUUACGGCCUAUGCAAAGAUUUUGCCUGGACUAAAAAGGAAGUGGACUGGUGGAGUGUUGGCGUGAUGGCCUUCGAGAUGAUGAUUGGUCGCACGCCCUUUCAGAGUCAUGAAGACAAAAGUGAUGAAGCAUUGUUUCUCAACAUCUUAUACCGCAACCCCGACAUCCCGCUGUCCUUCUCCGACUUCGAAUCUGAUUUUAUGAGACGAAUGUUGGAGAAGGAUCCAAGAGUUCGCCUAGGUGGGGGGAAAGGUGGAGUUGAUGAAAUGAAGGAACAUCCAUUUUUCGACGGCAUAAACUGGGAUGACGUCUCGAGAAGGAAGUUGGUGAUGCCGCAUGCCCUGGAUUCAGAGUGGGAGGACCUCGUUGACUUCGAAGUUGUUUUAGAGAAUGAGGUCUCCUUCCUGCGACCAGGCGAUGAGGGUGGCAACAUCAAUGAGGCUUGCUCUUACAUUGCGCCAGUACUGAUGCGAAAUGGCUCGUACUGAGGAGGCAGUUCUCAGCAUUGUGGAAGUCUGGGAUGUGUGAAAUCAUCCAUUUUUUGACGGCAUAAACUGGGAUGACGUCUCGAGAAGGAAGUUGGUGAUGCCGCAUGCCCUGGAUUCAGAGUGGGAGGACCUCGUUGACUUCGAAGUUGUUUUAGAGAAUGAGGUCUCCUUCCUGCGACCAGGCGAUGAGGGUGGCAACAUCAUUGAGGCCUGCUCUUACAUUGCGCCAGUACCGAUGCCUAACACCCCCAUCUAGUGCCGGGGUCAGUGAAGAGAGGAGCUAUACCUCCACUCACCCCAAACGCCUACAUGGCGUAUAGCGGGAGAAACUUUACUCUACUGAUGCCUAAUGGAUCGUACUGAAGAGGAAGUUCUCAGAAUUUUGGAAGUUUGGGAUGUGAUGAGUGAUAUUUCGACUCCUUCAGUCUACCAGAUGUCAAGGCUUUGGAAUUCAACUCAUAAAAUUCUCAGCAUUUAUUUGGAUCUGUGCAAUAUAUGAUGUUUUGUUAUUUACCAAUGAAACAUAUGUACAUAUGUAUAUAAACAUAUUAUUUGAUGAACUGCUA